AUGAUUCUUGACGAGAUGGCUGCUGCAGACGAGAUGAUGCAUCCGCAACCGGGAUACGGUAGAGAUAGUCACUGCGCCUUAGAACUUCCCUCAAACUCCUUUUACCCCUUUUCUUUCUUUCUAGUCUCUCUCUCUCUCUCUCAUAUCCCUCUCUUUCUUCUUUUGAGAAAAAAGCAAUCGCAUAGAUGAUAAUUUUGUUACAUCCCUUUUCUUAUCAUUCGCGCCUCAUUUCCGGACAAUUUCCCGUUCACACAAUAAAAAAAGAAAAACAUAAUGAGACGACGUGAGAAUUACGAGCGACGCAUUCGUUAGAAGUGAGAUUCCGAGCAGAGUUGAGCGGAAUUCCGGUUUCCGCUUUCCGCCUUCCGCCUCCGCCACUUUUUGCAUUCCGCCUCCGCGGAAUCAAAACGUUGCGAGUUCCAAAUCGAAACAGUUCCAUUCACGCGUGCGAGUUCUACUUCGUUGUAGCGCCCUGCUUUCCGCCUUCCGCCAAAAAAUUUGAAUUCCGUCUCCGCUUUCCGCCUUCCGCUUUUUCAAAAAACCCAUUCCGCUCAACUCUGAGUCCGAGAGAAGAAAGUACAGAAGCGGGCCUGAUCGAACUCGUUGUUUUCGGACCGCCUCACGCGCUUGUUUACCACCUGCGCUCGCCUAUAAUAUACGUUUAAUUGUGGUAGUUUGAAGCCUGCUUCGUAAUUUGUCACCUUCCCCUUCUCUGAAAUUAGACGGCCGGAAAAGUAAAAGUCAAGCAACCUGGGAGACUCGAACCUCUGGCCUUAAAACCAAUCUGCUUUCCAUUUCUGAACAAUCCCGUCCGUUCGGCCACUUUUUGUACCGCGCCCGCCUAUUUUGUUUUGCCUGUGUAUGGAGACUUGUUGGCAAUCGCAUUGUUUACGGGGCAAGCCCAAAAGGUCCGGAGCAGAAAUGAUGUCAGCUUGAAAGACGGAUGGCCGAAAAAUUUAUUUCCAGUAAUGAUCUUUCGGCUGCGUCUCGCUGAAUCAAUGGCCUAUUUCCGGGAAGGGAGUCAAAUGAUGGAUAUUUUUGACGAAAAACACAUAUGCACUAAGUAUGAGAGAUUCAAUUAAUCGAGGGAGAAUGCGGAAUGAGGAAAUGUAGAGAAAGGUUUAUUCAUUAGUUUUCGAUGGGCGGCACCUAUCCUCGGCGAGCCCAUUAUUGAAAUGAAACUGCGGGCUCGGAGAGCAUGUUUGGUACGCCGCCCGAGGACAUUUCAGCUCCCGAAUACGCCUGUUUUAUUAACGAGAGCAGUUUGUUUUCUCUUUCUCUCGAUUGUCUAAGGACACCGUCCUAAGAGAAAAACUCAUGCAUCCAUCAAAAUAUUGGGGGUCAGAGGGGAAGAAGGCUCUGAUAGCGACUUUCUCGCACUUUGGAAUUCAUGCCCAGGGCAAGGGAUCCCCUUUUAUUAUUGUUGUUCUACUUCUUGUUUGGUCUACACUUCUAGAACUUUCCUGAUUCACAUUUAAUCGCUCUACUUCCGCUUUCAGGAUAGAGCCCAUAAAUAUUCGUUUUCAUCCCAUAAACUUCUCAGAAUCCAUCGGAGAAAUUUUACGAAAUUUUGUCUUUAUGAGUUUUUGAAGGGUUCUGAAUCUCAUCCGACCAGGGGUGUGCGGAAAAUAUUUCGAUUUUCCGAAAUUUUCCGAUUUUCCGAGAAAUUUUCGGAAAAUUAGUGUGGAUUCAAGGUCAAUUUGUCCGAAACCACCGUAUGCUUUUUAAAGGCGCAUCACAAAAUUUUUGGAAGGGUCUAGCAGCGAGCGUCUUUUUUCCGAAAAUUUCUCGGAAAAUCGGAAAAUUUCGGAAAAUCGAAAUAUUUUCCGCACACCCCUGAUUCUCACUGACAAUCGGAAAACACUGGACCCGGAGAGCUUCUCUCGGCUAAUUUUUUUGCAAAAAAUAUUCCAUUGCUUGGCUUCCGCCCACUCAAGUGAUUUCAAAUCAUAAUAAGCAUUUUUUUGUAUUAGAACGUUGUUUAAACACUUUAUUAAACCAAUGAACAAGUGAGUUUUCCGAUUUUUCCGAUUUUUCCGAAAUUUUCCGAAAAAAAAAAUUCGGAAAACCCGAUUUUCCGAAAUGUUCCGAAAAAAAAAAUUCGGAAAAACCGAUUUUCCGAAAUUUUCCGAAAAAAAUUUUCCGCACACCCCUGCAUCCGACCAUGGAAUUCAUCUGAAAUUUUUUCGAGCAGAACGUCAAGACUUUACUUUUCCUCAGACUUUCCAAACAAUUGUUUAUUCGGUCUUUCGCUCGCCGAACCUUUCCGCUCGUCUCUUCCGCAGUUGCUUCAUUCCACUCCGCCACUUCCGUAAUCGUUUCACACUUCCAAGCACUUCCAGCCGUUGGCUUUCGCUCUCCUGAUAUUCCGUUCGUACCCCCUCCUUCUCCGUUUCCACGCCCCGCCCCGUCCGAAUCGGAGCAGUGCCUAGCUUGUCUGGCCUGGCGCCGCCCCCUUGUGAAUGCUCAGACUGCCUGCUCUGCCCGCGCACCCUCUAUGCGCAAUCUCUCCAGGCUUCGUAGUGUGUGUGUGUGUGUGUGUGUGCAUGGGCGAGGGCGAGGGCGGCUCCUUCAGCUUUAUCUUCUUCGUCGUGUGUCUUCACCGCUUGGCCCGCCUUAUUUUUCAGCCACUUUACAAGUUUUUGGUCACUUUUUGUUUUGUUUCUCCGCCUAUCCCCUCCUCUUCACUGCCUCUGACACGUGACACACUCUGUGUCCGUCUUCUGAAGCGCCUCCGAUCUUUCCCUUGUUUCUCAUUUUCAUGCAGUGCUUUCUUACCUUUUUAAUGAGAUCUCCAUAACAAAAGGACAUCUCCGUCACGUCAGAGAUCUUCGCCGUCCAUAUCUUUAUGUCCCUUUGUUCGUCGCCUAAUCCCGCUGAUUCUCUGUUUUCAGCCACCAUUUCCCAAAAUCCGUUCGUUACCGCAAACCCCGGACUCGUCGACUCGCUCGCCAGCGAUCACGCCGCCAAUGCAUCAACCGCAGCAGCGGCAUCUGUCCGCAUAUCCCGCCCUUCUCGAGCCGACAUGCCGACGACGUCUUCCGAUGCCUCCAGACACACAUCUCCGAAGGAGCAGCUCUCCCAGGAUCUUGCCCACUCCGCCACCCCUUUCUCCGGAAUACCGGUGUCCGAGUGCUGCUCCACACCUGGAAAGAAGACCAUCGGGAAGACAGCUGCCGAGGCCACCGACCGCCGAACUCAGCAAUCUGACGAGUAUGGCUCAGGUCGCGCCAGGCAACUCUCAAUCUUCACUGUCUCCGGUAUCACUGACUCCUGAUCCAACACCUGAUGAGCCGGAAUACGAGGAAGAAGUGGAAGAACCAGAAUACGAAGGGGAAGACGUCGUGGAGGAAGAAUACGGCCAAGAAGAAGAAGAAGAAGAAGAGGAAGAAGACGAGGGACAUGUAGUCGUGGAACCGAUCGUCGUGACUCCUCCAGAAGAAGUCCGCCGCAUUUCUCCGGAGAUUCUGAUUGCUCCUCCACCGCCCCAACCUCGUCGCAUGUCAAAGUUUUCGGUACAUUCGUCGUCCAUCGAGCAGGUUAGUCAAUUAGUGUGCAUUAGGCACUCGCGCAUCUUCUGCAGCUUCAUCUUCUUCUUCUUUUCGUAUCUCUGGGAAACGACACGUUGGCAAAUCACGCAGAAAUUGGAAAAAUAAGGCGUUUGUUCGAAUGAAUAGCUAAUUAAUAUUCUGAACAUGGCGUCGUUUCCGUCUGCUGAUGAACCAAAAGGCUAUCAGAAUAUGUGUGCAUAAAUAGAAAAAAGGGGGCGAGAGACUAAAAAAAAGUAGGUAUAAACGAGGAAAGUGAGAGCCUUGGAGGGAUAGACCGGAAGUCGGCAGUCACUUCCGUCGACCAACGAUUCGAUUCGUUUUAUGCAAGUGCGACGAGACGAAAGCCGUUCAUUCUCUCUCGCACGUCACUUUGUUUAUCAGGCGUCGAUUCUCGCCUCCUCAAACUUUGUGGGGCACGUGGGAGCGAGAUGCAGCUCACGCCAUUUCAAGUCUAUUCAUUAUUCUUUUGGGGCGUAGAGUUGCGACACAACGCCGACGAUGAAGGGAUUCUAACGCACUAAUCCCCAGUGUCCGUUUUAAUCCUUCGACGAUUCCCGUUGCCGCCAUGCGAACCAUCAACUAUUGCCCAGUGGUAGUUGAUUCGGAAAUGAGUCACCGGUCAACACCACUUCUUUUCGACGAACUCUAUAAUUUUAGAUACGAAGUCAGUGGGCGAAGUGGGCAGCAGCUGUGCCUGGAGUGUCUCCUCGAUUCAGAUUCAAUUACGCAGAUCGGUGUAUUACCAGCUAACUCCGCGUCUCCCUUUUCUCUCGGUCCAUCGUUUUUUUGUCCGUCUGGCCACCGAACUAAUGAGCCGCCGGCCACCCUAAGAACGUCCUUUGAGUGUCGAAAAUCGUUUGAUCUGGUUGAGUGCCCCCCUGAAAGACCGACUUGGCGCCUCAUAUUUCAAACACACUAUCGAAUUUGGAGAAGCACUUCCCCGUGUGCCCCAUCGCAUCAUUAUUCAAAGAGGUGGUGCUGCAGCCAGCUACUACUGCUGUCGCCGAAGCACGUGAGGGGGCAAUCAGCCGAUGAUGAGCCGAAGUGGGCACUAGCACAACAACUCCUUCUCCUGCCCGAGAAAGGGAGCCGCCGCACGUCGCCGCUCUUUUUGCCCCUCGAAGAGAAGCAAAAUUAAUUCGAGUUUUAUGCGUCGACGCUCAGAGCACGAAACGAAGAAUACGAGCAGCAAAUGAGCGGGAGACGCUGACGGAAACGGGUAAUUUCGAGGGGCUUGCGGGUGGAAAGUGCACGGACCUGCAGGAGAAAAAAGAGGCUUUCCCCGAGAACCCGAGGCGGAUUUGUGUGCUGACGCAUCAGAGGGAUUGAGUCUGAAACAAGCAGACAGCCUCUAAUUUCCUGUCUGGUCAGUACUGACCUCCGAUGGAUCGAAUGGCGGACUCGUCACUCAUCCAGCUGUCCCUUCCUUCCUUCCUUCCUUCCUGUCCCACCUCCGCGCUUUCCUUCCGACACUGCACAUUCCUCAUUCAUAUGCAAUGCCAUCUGCACAACCCAAAACGACGACGACGGGGCGGCCCCGCGAAAUUCAUCCUUUGGAAUCUCAGUGAAGGAAAACGCGUGCCAAAUCAAAUUCCGACCGAUGACAGUGGCCGUGCGAAGCGGGCGGAGCAGGCGGGGGCUGCUCUUUCCCCGCUUUGUUUUCACGUCACAAAAAUUGGAUUUUCACAGAUAAAAUGAAAAAACGAACAAAAUUUCGGGCGGGUCCGGUCAACGUCGCAAAACAAACGUCUUCCUAACGAGCGACAAUUUGAUUUCGGGGCCUUAUAAGCCACCUUGUGGACAUACUGUAGUUGCUCACGCAGCCGCAAUUAGGUUCUCGUUAUUGUGCUCAAAAACAAUCGAAUCUGGUGUCGGACGGAUUGAUUUGGGCACUGGUGAAAGUCGUAUGAUCAGCUUAAAAAACUGGGGACCCUCUCCUUGCCACGUGGCUAUUUCUAAACGGGGUUUCUGUGUAUAAUUCACGCGUUCGGAGACAUGCAAUCCAUUCCUCUCCCUCCUUUUCUCUUUCUCUCUCUCCGACUUGUUUUGCAGUUGUUUUCAUGCGUGUGUCGAUGAUUUCUGAAGCAGAAUUUGAGUGCAGUUGACGACGGCGAUUUCUGAUAUACGGGGGUCCUUUUCAAUCAUGGGUCUUUGAUUCGAAUCGGAUAUGAGAGGGACGAAAAAUGGGAGAAGAAGAAGAAGAAGAUGCUCAUCUAAGAGAUUGAUCGACCACAUGAAUAAACAUAAGACUGAGUCAGAACUAAUUGCAGAUUACCAGCAAAUCGAACUCUGACACCGAUGAUCCGAUUGCCCACGGUCUCGAUCCGUCACUUUACUCUCCGAACGCCCCGAUCAUCAUUGAAAACAAUAACACAGCUGUGCACAAGACGGUCAGUCUUCGCAACGACGGCUCCCAGCUCAGCUUCUCCUUUAUUUCAGAGCGUCGCUUCCAGCUCCAGCCCGACACCUCAGCAGCCGACCGGUCUCGGUCUUCUCCAUUGUUCUCUUCUCUAUUUUGCGGUCCGGAAGCGACUCCGCGUCACUAUCAGCAAGAUCGAAGGCGAGUUUGACCUCUCUUUUCCUAUGAUGCCAGUCUCCUUUUUUGUCCCGACAAUAGUAUAAGCGGCGGUUCUUUGUGCAUGCAAAUGACGUUUCUCUCGCGUCGAAUCAAGUUAUUUUGCAACCCUUUUCAUCAAAUCUCGGACAAGGAGAAGCGGAAGAUACUUUGAGUGUGCUCCGAGUGGUUCCUUGUCGCUUCGGCCCUCCACCAAUUAUGUCCCUCACCUAGACUUGUGAAGUGCUCGAUCAACUGACCCUCUGCGUCUCCAACUCUCUUCUCAAGUCUUCUUUUGAAACUUUGGUGGCUACUACACAAAAAAACACGCCAAAAACCGAGAGCAGAGAAAGAGGGGCAGAAACAUUCGGGCUGAACUGGCAGGCUCUCUCGCAUCUCCGAGAUUAGAAUCCCACGGGAGCGAACCGCAAAAACCAGUGGAGCCAAAUGUUUCUGACGAGUUGGUGCUGCACGAAUAUGUAAUUGAGGGGUGGCCCGACGACCGAAUGAGGUUUGGCAAAUGACGGCUUCUGGAAAACAAGCGGAGACAGCACGACAGGGAACUUUUGUUUCUCGAAAAGCACUGAAAAUAGAUUGACGACCUUCUGGGAAUCGUAUUUCUUUUCACAAGUUCGGCAUUUCUGAAUGCAUUCUUUCCCCUCUCUCCCUCUUUUAAUCGCCACUCUUCUGCUUUCCAAUCAAUCAUAGACGGUACCCUGAAGCUCCGGAAUGUAACAUGAAUCAUGUGAAAAGUGCCGUCGUGCAUUCGGGGAAUCGCACGACUUUCCCACCGAUCAAAGAGCCCACUCUGUCCAUUCCCACGUGGCCCCGGGUUCUUUGCGAAAUGUCACACGACCUCUGAUAUCUGUCUAAUUAGAAAUGCACACAUUACUGAAAAACCAGUCUGAUGAAGGGCGUCCGAGAAGGGCAAGAAGCCCAAAAACCUUUCGGUUUGAUUCAUGACUCGGCGAGAAAAGGAGGUACUCCACCACGAGUGGCUGCACUUUGUCAUUGUGACGCCUUUCUGUAUGUACAUGUGUGAGACGCCAUAAAAACCCGUUACAUAGUCAAUUUGUGAUGCGUCAAGGGACCGCCAUUUUUGGGUUUUACAACUCGGGGAGGAAGCUAGCAACCGCGUGACUGACUGACUGCCAGACAGACUUCGUCAGUACUGCUUAUUUAUGACCAAGAAGGAAGGGACCUAUAAAAACGAAGAAAAGCGAGAGAAGAGGAGAAAAAGCGAGGUGACAGCGCGUUUUUUCCGGUUCGAAUUAACAAGCAAUUGGAUAUAUAGAAAGGGAAGGGAGAGGAGAGAGCACCUCGCACAUAUGAAUAGCGAAUUAGCAGUCGAAUGAAUGAGCCAGAGAGGGGACCGAUCGUUGCUCACAGAGUUCCUCAACAAUUGGCGCCGGCUCAAUCGGAUUACCCCAUAGUUGAGCAAAAAUACGUAGGAAUACAUGUGUACAGACGGGAAUCUGAAAGAGAGGGAGGUCGACGGCGCACUGAAAGAAGAUCUUAUUUGCAGCAUUGGCGGGCGAACUGAAGCCCGACUUGGAGAUUCAGGCACUGUGCAAAGUGAGCAUUCCCGGGUUGAAAGGAGCAAAGGAACAAGUGUCGGAGACAAAGAGAGGCAGGAAUCCGGCGUUCAAUCAGGUGAGCCGGGAGGCUAUUUCCGUCGAGAAGAGCCUCUUGAAAGGAAUCGCGGCGCGCGGAGACAGGCUAUUUCGGCAGCAUGCUCGCAUCACUAAAUUAAAAUUUUCGAGUGCAAUCGGAUGACGUCGACCUAUUCGUCCAUAUCGGAAGAUCAGAAUCCCCCGCGGGGAAGAGAGCCGCUUGUUAUUAAACUGACUCAGACGGACGCGGCGCCGAACAAUUAGGGGGACUAUUAGGCGGCCGAUUUGCAUACUCAAGUCGCUUAUUAUCCGUUGUGUUUUCCAGGAAUUCUUCUUCGACAAUGUGACACACGAAGAGCUCGACACAAAGAUUGUGAUAAUUACAGCAUGUCACGCAGCAGGCGGCCUUAAGGGAAAGGAUGUCGUGAUAGGUAAGAAAGAGAGAAGGAGAAGGGGAAGGAAAGUUGCGAACAAUCCAUUAUUUCCAGGAGACGCAUCAGUGCCGUUGCGAGACAUUCGCGAGAUGAACACGAAGAAGGAGAUCAAGAUCGUCGAGGAGAUCAAGGGGCCCGUUCCGAAAGUAAUCCCUCCGUCUCUUUCCCUUUUCUCAUCUCACUUUUACUUUUAGAAAUUCGGAAAGAUCUACACGUCAUCUGUGAUUGAGAAGGAUUCGAAGAGACUGACCGUCAACCUGAAGAAAGUGGACGCUCUGCCCAAAUGCGGUCUGAUCGGCGCUCCAGGUAUUCAGCUCUUUCGUAUAGUUGGGGUUCAAUGGCAGUUCAUUUCACUUUUGAUGAGGGCCCGAUCGACAUUAUAAUGCGUGCCUUUUCAUUCGACUAAUGCGUUUCAAAUGAGACCCCAACGAGAGGGCUUUUGUCAAUGUCUUCUUCCCCUUAUUCUCUCUUCUUCACUCGAAAAAAGAAUAGAAAAAGAAAUGAUGGCCGUCAGGAAGACGGAAGGAAGUGUAAUGACAAUAGGAAGCAGGAAGACGAAUUGAAGACGACGGCCGGGCGACAAUUUAUCGUCAAACGAGAUGGCGAAGUCCGAAUGUCGAAUUAGAGCGAACCGGGGUGGCUACUGUAGGUGUUCCAUGAGAUACUGUAACUAGAUGGCUUCUCAUUUCCCGUCCGCUCUUUCAAGCAUUUCCGUUUUCCACGUCGUCAACCGCAUCACUCAUGCACUUCAUCUUCUUCCCCUUUUCUCUCUAUCUCCCUUCAAUUUCCUCUCCGAUCUGUCAUGCGGAAUGCCAAUCGAGUACAGGCGGUCCUGCUCAAUUCCUCUUGCAACCGAGUCUAAUGAAUAGGAAAUCAGUUCGCUGCCGGGUGACGUCGCCGCCAUUUAUGAAUCCUCCCACUCGAGUUGUAUCUGGCAAUUAUGAAGAGCCGAGGUUGGCUGCCGCGGACUCUUUUUUGGGAAGCGAGAGAGAGUCGUAAAUAAAAAAUGAGUUGUGUAAUCUUAAUACGGGCAGCAGCAGCAGCCAAACUGCACAAACGGAGUGUCGUAUAGUCGUGGCGGAAGAAGACGUCAUCGAUGGAGAAGAAGUGGAAGAAGAAGCGGGAAAAGGCAUUAAUCUCCGGGUAGAUCGAGUAGAGAAGAGACAAAGAUCGGACAGGAAAGAGACAGGAACUGAAUGAAGCACAAAACAAAAUGUUUUGUGACGGGAACGGCGACGUCAGAAGAGACGUCAGAGGGGAACUUCCACGGGGUGAAACGUCAUCUGAAACAUUCGAGAAUUAUUCACGCUGACACCGGUGAAAAACGACCUUUUGCAGAUGUGUGCGUCAAAAUCACGUUGACUCAGGGCGCCAAGACACAGACGAAAUCGUCGAGAGUGAUAAAGAGUGAGUUGGAAUUGGAAAGAAAAUAUGAACGAAUUAACUAUGCUUUCAGGUACUUGCUGCGCCGUUUAUAACGAAGCGGUCAUGUUUUUGUGCGGCACUUCGAAAAAUGAACUCGCGCAGACUUCCAUUGUCAUUUCGGUUCACGAUGCUCAGAGGUAAUGAAGUGGUGGCACGUGGCGAAUCUCAUGAAACGCAUUCAGAACGUGCACUGGAGACGAUACGAUCGGAUGUGCGUACUUGGGUGUGGGGGCAGUGGACAAGUCGGAGAUCGACCAGUGGAAAGGGACGACGGAGCACUUGGGCAAGGAGUACAAGGUUCAGAAAACACAUCCGCCACUUCCGAGUCUUUCAUCUAAACUGUUUUCAGGGAAAUCACACCCUGAAGGCUCCGGCAGCUGCUCCGCCGGUCCACGUGGCAGAUGUGACUGACGAAGUGGCAGAAGACGACGAUUAG